GUGAAGUUUGCUCAGAAAUUUGGUAAAAGUCUAACGUUCAAGUUCUAUGUAGUAUGUUGCAGAAAAAUUCGUUGUAAAAAUUUGUUUUCUCAAAAUUUGGUUGUACGCUCUCAAGUGGACAAACACCCCCAACCGCCGCCAAGCAGUUCUCCCGAUCAUUGCAAGCAGUGCAGGCGCCACGCAAUAGCCGUUGCUCUCCCGCAACAACAUCUGUGUACCCCAGCAAUAUGUCGCAUCAUCAACACGUUCUUUCCGAGGCCGCUGCCCUCCGUCUGAUUAACGGUCUGGAGGCAGCCGCCAACGCCACACCCCUCGGCGCUCAGGCGCAUCAGUCCGCGGCAGCUGAAGCCACCUGCUCGUCACAAAUCGUAGCAUCGGCCCAUCGCCUGGCCAGUGGCACGCCCACUGCAUCCAUGGCAGCCCUGGAAAUAUCCUCAGCACGGCAACGGAUGCUGCCACAGAUACCGCGAAGUCCCCUACAGGAGAGCCUCCAUUCGGCGAACGAGAGCGGCAACUCGUGCCGCAUCUGCCGCUGGAACCACAACGACAUGGAGAUCAUCAAGUGUCCGUGCAACUGCAAGGGCAGCGUGGGCUACAUCCACCUGAAGUGCUUGAAGCGCUGGAUCAUGCACAGGCGGGAUAAUCGCUGCGAGAUCUGCAAUGCGGUCUUUGACAUCGCGGAGGAGCGGGCCAGUCUGAAGCAAAUGAUCCGAACCUUCUGCUGCGGCCGUUGUUGCGGCCUGAUUGUGAAGCAUCUGCUAUUUAGCGCCUCGCUGAUGCCACUAGCCCAUGUCAUAUUGCAGCAGGUGCUGCAGUGCAUGGAUAAUAUGAAUCAAGGCAACACCGAUCAGUUCACCGUCCAGGAGGUGUUUGUCGCCUCCUGCGCGCUCCUGACCUCCAGUGCACUGUUCUUCCACUUCUUUGAGUUUGUCACCACACGGUUCAUGCUCAUCCGGAACAUUCUGAGCCACUGGUGGAUGUUUGGCAGCACCUCCGACUAUGAACUGGUGGAGAUCGAGGAUGAUUCCAUCGAUUUUUUCGAUGAUUAGACAAUGAUAUGGACUGAUAACGGAAGGCAGAGCAGUCUUACAAUAACCUAAUGUUUACAAUUAAUAAAAUUAUUAAAGAAUUUCAUUUACUUUCUUCAGCUUUGGUUUUUUUAAAGUAAGCUAUCGCGGCGAACCGCCAAAAAAUACAUACAUAUGUAUUUCAGUAUUUUUUUGCUCUUGGUAUAUGUUUUGAAUCGCGGGUGCGGUAACAUUGCGAUAAAUCUGUAAUCUAUCGGUCAGUCGGUCGUUCCGCGGUGAAGACCCGCAGCAGUGCCUAUCGAUAGGACCAGCUGGUUGCCACCACUAGUUACUAAAUCGACAGACGAAAAUAAAGAAAAAGUUGGUGCAGUAACAAUCAAUCCUCAACACACACGCUGUGGGCCACGAUUGCGAUUUUAGCAGACGGGGCAUUUAGACAAUUGGAUGUGUCCCGCUUCCGAAUUGUAGUGCCACGCCUCCUGCCAGUCCAGCGUUUCCCGACUGGUUAGCAUCGCUGGAAAACUAAAAAAAAAAACAGCACUUGCAUCGAUAUAUAUAUUAUAAAAAAAAAAGGAAAGG